AUGGCCCCUUUCCAGCUCCCCGUCCCGAAGCCAAACUACCUGCCUCACAAGUUUGACGAAUCCCAAGACUCCAUUGUCGAGGAGUACAAUUCUCCCUUGGGCCUGGCCGGCGAAUUGCACAAUAUCAAGUUCUACAACAAGUGCAAACGCCUGGCUGAGGAGUCUGGCAUCACCCGCCCCAAAGGCUACAAUGUCUCCUUCCACUGCAAUCCAGACAUUGAGAAACACCACUUUGGCAUGACACACCCCAUGAAACCUUGGCGUCUGACCCUAUCGAAGAGCCUCAUAUACUCGUACGGCAUGUCAUUCGCCAUGGACAAUUACAUAUCACGUGCUGCCACGUACGACGAACUUGCCGACUUCCACUCUACUGAUUACCUCGACUUCCUAGGCACCGUCCUCCCCGAACCAGUGCCCCGCGAUGUGGAGAGCCAGAACCCGGACCUCAAGUUCAACCUGGGUGGCAGUGAUUGCCCUUUAUUCGAAGGCCUUUACGAUUACUGCUCCAUGUCCGCCGGCGGCGCCCUGGAUGCGGCAAGAAAGCUUUGCUCCAACCAGUCCGACAUCGCCAUAGCCUGGGGAGGCGGUCUCCAUCAUGCCAAGAAGGCCGAGGCAUCCGGCUUCUGCUACAUCAACGACAUUGUCAUUGCCAUCCUGCAGCUGCUGCGAUACCACCCCCGCGUGCUGUACAUCGACAUCGAUGUCCACCAUGGCGAUGGCGUAGAAGAGGCCUUUUUCUCCACCGACCGGGUCAUGACGGUAUCGUUCCACAAGUACGACCCGAACAACUUCUUUCCCGGCACAGGGGCCUUGGACGACAACGGGCCCAAAAACGAGCACAACCCCGGGGCACACCAUGCCAUCAACGUUCCACUGAACGACGGCAUCACCGACGAGCAGUACGACAUGCUCUUCAACACCAUUGUUGGCCGCACCGUCGAGAAAUUUCGACCUAGUGCCGUUGUCCUACAGUGCGGCGCUGAUUCCCUGGCAGGAGAUCGGCUCGGCCGGUUCAACCUCCAGGUGCAGGGCCACGGUGCUUGUGUUGAUUUUUGCAAAAAGAUGAAACUACCCCUAAUCCUCUUUGGCGGUGGCGGGUAUACCCCUCGCAACGUUGCUCGCGCCUGGACCUACGAGACGAGCAUCGCCAUCGACUGCCAAGACAAGAUCGACCCAAUCCUCCCCCAUCACACCCCGUGGCGAGAACAAUUCCGCCACGAAACCCUCUUUCCAACUCUGGAGCAGAUACUGGGCGAGCCACGCCAGAACAAAAACCCUCAGAAACGCCUGCAGGACAUUGUACACCAUGUCACCGAGCAGCUCCGCUUCGUCCAGGCAGCUCCCAGUGUACAGAUGCAAGCCAUCCCACCUGACCUAGGGGCCAUUCGGGAUGAGGUCGAGGAUCGGCUCAGGGAGCAGGCCGCCGAAAGAAACGAGGAGCUGCGCCGCAUCAAGGAAGCAGGCAUCGCGGUACCGAUGGAGUUUUGA